AUGUCAUCAUCGUCGUUCUGCUCCGAACAGGCAAAUAGUCAGAUGGAACCGAAAUCUUUUCAGACAAUAUCAUCAACUGAUGAUAACGAAGAGUUUAUUGAUGACGAUGACGAUGAUGAUAGUGAACUGAUGGACAAUUCAAUGAAACAAAAGAAAACAAAGAAAACUUUGGGUCGCGUGAAAAUCAAAAUGGCCUAUAUCGACGAUAAAGUUCGACGAUAUACAACAUUUUCGAAACGGAAAACGGGUAUUAUGAAAAAAGCUUACGAAUUAGCAACAUUAACCGGUACUGAAGUAAUGCUUCUUGUAGCUUCCGAAACAGGUCAUGUUUAUACAUAUGCAACUCCAAAACUGCAGCCGAUGAUCACAAGCGAAUCUGGAAAGGCAUUGAUUCAGACGUGUUUAGAAAAAGACGAAACGAUUGCUGAAAGUUGUUCGACGACUGAUGAUCGACCUGUUGAGGAUAGACAGCAGAAAAAACGAACAAGUGGAAGCACGCAAGAUAAUAUCCCAUCAGAGAUCCGUCCAAUCAAGCGUACGAAGUCAAAAUUAUCCGGAGAGAUCAAACCAGUCAACGGAACGACCAUACCUCUACCUACAUCGGCCACAGUCGCUGUUCCAUUGUCAUGCUUUUUUCAUCUAGAUCCUUCGCAGCAAUCAAUUCCAACUUCAACUGAUUUGAACUCUUCUUUGAAAACAACAGCAAUGAAUGUUGUCCUAGCUCCAUCACCUACUACUUCUCAAACCUCACCUUCCUCCAACGUCCCACUUCUGUUAACCUUCGUUCUUGACCUUCAUUCCAUUCAAACAAACCAAGAAUAUGACAUCCCGACAACUAUAGUACCCGCAGAAAUGAUCAUUUCGGCAGAGUGUUGUCAAGAUUCCAUCGGAUCGAACUGUUCAGAGAGUAUCUUCUUACUCUUUUUCCUUUAA